GCUGUGCAUCCAGCAUUUAUAAUGGUGUUAAAUAUAUAAACAAGUGUUUUUAAUUUAGAAGGGGGGUUGCACUCAGAGGCUUGCUAUGUGAAAGGGGUCACCGAUACAGUAGUUUGAGAACCACAGCUCUAGGGCAACUCAUUCAUCAAAGUGUGUGAGAGAGACUGGAGCCACUCAGCAGCCCAGCUGUCAAGGGGUGCAAAGAAGGCUGGGCCCACUGGGGCUUUCUCUGAGGCUGGCCCUUCAUCGCGGCAUGUGAAGAAGGUUGGGUCCGCUACGGCUUUCUCUGAGGCUGGGCCUUCAUCUUGAGGACUGGAGCUGGUAGGGCUGAUCCUAGCAAAACUUCCUCAUUACAAGGCACAAGAAAAUCUGGGUCCGCUUGCAUUAAAGAAUGCUAACAAGUAAUCUUUUUCUUUUAAUGAAUAAGCACGUGCAAUAGACUUACAGUGAUAUAUUUGUACACUGACUUGGGCAUAAUGUCCAUGGAUAUAACUUUUCUGGGAACAGGCUCAGCAUAUCCAUCUCCAACAAGAGGAGCUUCAGCUUUAGUCAUUCGUAGUGAAGGAGAAUGCUGGCUAUUUGAUUGUGGAGAGGGAACUCAAACACAAUUUAUGAAAAGCCAUCUUAAAGCAGGUAGAAUUACUAAGAUAUUCAUAACUCAUCUUCAUGGGGACCAUUUUUUUGGUCUUCCCGGUCUCCUGUGCACAAUUAGCCUUCAGAGUAGUUCUUCUACAAGCAAGCAACCUGUUGAUAUCUAUGGACCAUUAGGACUACGAAACUUCAUUUGGAGAACUCUGGAACUCUCCCACUCGCAACUUCUCUUUCCAUAUGUGGUUCAUGAACUGGUACCUACACCAGAUCAGUGCCCUGCAGAAGAAUUUAAAGAACUAUCUUACGUUGACAGAGAUGAAGUCUCUUCCAAAGAAGUGCAAGGGAGAACGCUUCAUCUGGAUCCUGUAGAAAACUCCUACACACUGGUCAACAAUCAGCAAUUUGUUAUGAAAGCAUUUCGAUUAUUUCACCGUAUUCCUUCCUUUGGAUUUUUAGUGGAGGAGAAGCAGCGGACUGGUAAACUUAAUGCGCAGAAGCUAAAAGACCUUGGAGUUCAGCCAGGCCCUAUAUAUGGGAAACUGAAGAAUGGUGUUACAGUUGUCUUAGAAAAUGGAGUAACCAUUUCUCCUUCAGAUGUCUUGGAGGAGCCUAUUCCUGGAAGAAAAAUUUGUAUUUUAGGUGACUGUUCAGGUGUGGUUGGAGAUGGAGCAAAGAAACUGUGUUACGAAGCAGAUCUGUUAGUUCAUGAAGCCACACUGGAUGACGCCCAAGUGGACAAAGCCAAAGAGCAUGGUCAUAGCACUCCAAAAAUGGCAGCUGAGUUUGCAAAGUUGUGUAAGGUUAAGAAACUGGUUCUGACUCACUUCAGUCAAAGGUAUAAACCAGCUGGUCAAAUUGGAGAAGGAGAUAUUGAUGUCACGGAACUGAAGAGACAAGCAGAAUCAGCGUUAAAUGGUCAAGAAGUAACUUUAGCUGAGGAUUUUAUGACAAUAGAUAUUCCAGGGAAAAAGCAGAAGUAGCAUCUAGCUCUAUAAUAUCACACAAAUUAGCUUGCUGUUGAACUGUGAGUUUACAGCUAGGGCUUCAGGUAUCCAAAUUGGUUCCUCGGUUUCCAGAUGAAGAAGUUGAAUUGCUAAGGUGACAUGCUCAGUUGCUAGAGAAUGACUAAGUGCUGGAUUUACUUGCUAUAGAGUUUUAAGGCUCAACUCUGCAAAAUGCGGAGUGCCUCAGCAACUUUAAUGGCAGUUGAAGGUGUUCCACACCUCUGAGAAAUGGGCCAUUAUAGAAUGGUAUUGCUGUUAACUUGCCCUCCUAGGAAGAAGGGAGAUGGAAAAGCAGAUUACUAGUCAAACUCACUGUCUUAAGUGAAAUAGGUGUGCAGCUACCCGAGCAAGGGGGGGGGGGGAAAGGAAACUCAUUCUUUGGUUUAUAUAAAUACAACUAUGGAAACAUGUGGAGACAAAGCAAAAUAUUUAUUGAUCAUCUAAACACUUAGCUGCAAAUCUAAAUAACUUUUAAAAUAAAAUAUAUGGAAUGCCUUUAACUUAUCUUUUUGGAAUUAAGUGUUUAGGUGCUUGAUUCAGGUAUUUAGCCAAACAGUCUGGAAAACUUAACCGUAUAGGCAGAAAUCUUCUGAACACUAGACACUUUUUAUUAGAACUUCAGAUUCUCUAGUCUUAAGUCUUAAAAUAGAAUUUUGCAUUUUUUGCAUCUUAUUUACAGUCCUCCGUGAAUCCUAGUGGCAUACCAAAGUAGAUAUUUUUUAACUUCUCAACCUCUCAUGAGCUUUUGUAUAAAAUAUUUUCAAUAAUUAUUUAAAUGAUUUUAUGUAAAAGGAAUAUUGGCAUAAACAAACUAAUAAAGUAUUGAUAACUGCCA